UUCUCAUUACGGCAAAGUAGUCGCUGAAAGGCGAACACACGUACCACACAUGUCAUGACAGAAAAGCAGAAGAAAAGAAUCUCCAAGAUGACGAACAAAUCAUUCCUAUGGGGCGUUGCGGCCGCUUCGCUGACCUGGGCCAUCAGCCUGUAUCUGUACUGGAAUCUCAGCCGAUCGACCAGCCCGACCGGAAUCUCGGGUCGGCCACCGAUGAGCGGCAAGGGCACGGGUGAGCAUGCCGGGCACCUGCAGAACCGCUUCGAUACGGCGGACAAAAGUCGCUACCACUUCAAGCAAAAGUACGAUCGGUUCUUGCGCGAAAAGGAAAAGCGUCGCAUCAGCCACCGGCUGGUGGACGAGAUGCACCCGAUGCUGCCGAACGGGACGGACGAGUUUGGGAUGGUGCAAAACUCGGAGGAACAGUUUAUCCGUGACAUCGGCUACAGGAAGCACGCCUUCAACGUGCUGGUCAGCAACAAGCUGGGACCGUUCCGGGCGAUACCGGAUACGCGGCACAAACUGUGCCGACAGCAAGCGUACGAUAAGGUGCUUCCAGCGGCCUCGAUUGUGAUGUGCUUCUACAACGAGCACCUCGAAACGUUGGUCCGCUCGAUCACCACGGUGCUGCGGCGGACGCCAGCGUACCUGCUGAAAGAACUGAUCCUCGUGGACGAUUACAGCGAUUACGACGAACUGAAGGAUGGUCUGGAACCGGCACUGCAGCGGAUACGGUCUGAUAAGGUGCGCCUGUUGCGGAACGGUGACCGCGAGGGCUUGAUGCGAUCGCGCGUCUACGGAGCGCGCAAUGCAACGGGCGAUGUGUUGAUCUUUCUCGACAGCCACAUCGAGGUGAACCAGGACUGGAUUGAGCCGCUGCUGGCCAGGAUAAAGCACAACCGUACCAUCCUGGCCAUGCCGGUGAUCGACAUCAUCAACUCGGACACGUUCGUGUACACGGCCAGUCCGCUCGUGCGGGGAGGCUUCAACUGGGGCCUGCACUUCAAGUGGGACAAUCUGCCCACCGGCAGUCUCGAGCACGAGACGGACUUCGUGGGCCCGUUUCGCUCGCCGACGAUGGCCGGUGGGCUGUUUGCGAUCGAACGGGCGUACUUCCGGGAGCUGGGCGAGUACGACAUGGGGAUGGAUGUGUGGGGUGGCGAGAAUUUGGAAAUCUCUUUCCGUGCCUGGCAAUGCGGAGGCUCGAUCGAGCUGCUGCCGUGCGCGCGCAUCGGUCACGUGUUUCGCAAGCGGCGCCCGUACGGUUCGCCCAACGGCCAGGACACGAUGAUACGCAAUUCGUUGCGCUUGGCGCACGUGUGGAUGGACGACUACUUGCGGUACUUUCUCGAGCAGCAACCGCACGCCCGUACCGUCGACUAUGGGGACGUGUCCGACCGGAAGCAGCUGCGGGAGCGGUUGCAGUGCCAAUCGUUCGCGUGGUACGUACAAAACAUCUACCCUCAGCUGCGCGUCCCGGGUCAGAGCAAAUCGGGCGACGACGGUGAAGCCACGCAACCCAAGUUCGAACCGUGGCACUCGCGCAAGCGCAACUACAUCGGCAGCUUCCAGAUACGGCUGACCAACACCAGUCUCUGCCUGACGACCGAGGCGGACAGCGAGAAGAGUCUGUGGAAGAAGGGCUCGGCGCUGGCGCUGCAACCGUGCCUGCGGGUCAAGCAUCAGACGUGGUACGAAACGGAACGAUCGGAACUGGUGCUCGGCCAGCUGCUCUGUCUCGAUGCACCAUCCAGCGCCACGAAGGGACGACCCAAGUUGAACAAGUGCCACGAAAUGGGUGGCGAUCAAGCGUGGAAGCAUCGCAAAACGUCUGGAACGCCCAUCUACAACAUUGCUUCCGGCAGCUGCCUAAUGGUUAAGAACAUUCGCAAAGGAUCUCCGGUGGCGCUCGAUCUGUGCGUCAACUCACCGCGUAGCACCUGGGAUUUGUUGUCCUCGUGACACCGUCGUACCGGUGCACACAUUACCGGUGUUUCCUGAAGAGGAAAGAUCACGCC